AUGGCUCCCCUUCGUACCUUGACCGCCGCAGCGGCGGCACUUGGCCUGUUCGCAUGCCAGUGUUCUGCUGAGUUCUUCUACCGUCUCGGUGCAUGCCCAAAGCUAGGCUGCAUCCUACCGCCUGAUCAGGCUGACUUCCUGCCUGGCCAGUAUUUCGAUAUCAGGCUCGAGAUUCACGCUCCGCAAAACGGUAGCGAGCGCAUCGAGGGCUACACGGAGCCUGACCAGAACUUCACCUUUACCAUCCAGAAGGAUGGCGAGGGCGAGGGCGUUACUGCCGCCGAGUACUUCAGCAUCGAGGAGCCGGAGAUCGAGACCUGGAACUUCACCUGGUAUGAGGACUUGUUUGCCGUAGCUGCCGAGACACCCUCGGCGGUCGAGGUGGCCUCCAAGGCCUACAGGCGGGUUGCUCUGUAUGAGCCCGGUCACUACAUUGCUACUCUGACAUACCAGGAUGGCGAGACAACCGUUGCCAACUGGACCGUCAGAGAUAUUGGUGCCGAGCGCAAGGCUAAGAACGUCAUCCUAUUCGUUGGUGAUGGUAUGACUACCAACAUGAUCACCGCUGCACGCCUGAUCGGCCACCAGCAGGUCAACGGUGUCUACCAGACCAAGAUGGCCCUAGACCAGUUCCCAGUCCUCGGUCACCAGAUGACCCAUUCCCUCGAUUCUUUCAUUACUGACAGCGCCAACUCUGCCACGUCUCUCUAUGCUGGCCACAAGACUACUGUCAAUGCCCUGGGUGUCUAUGCGGACAGCUCUGAGGAUCCGUUCGAUGACCCCAAAUUCGAGUCUGUGCAGGAGAUCUUCCACCGUCUGUACCAGGGCGGUGUUGGAAUCGUUACCACCGCUUUCGUUGCUGAUGCCACACCCGGUGCUGUCACUGCGCACACCCGUCUCCGCGGCGAGUACGGCUAUGUGGUCGACUCGUUCCUCCACGGCACUCCCAACUACACUUGGUCCGACUGGGAGGGCGUUGAUGUCCUGUUCGGUGGCGGUGCGGAGCAGUUCAUCCCCUCUGAAGACUCCUUCAAUGGCGACGACUACUUCGAGCUCUUCGCUGAGUCUGGCUACACUGUGGUGCAGAACGCAUCCGCUCUCAACAGCACGGACAACUCGCAGAAGCAUCUCGGAAUCUUCUCCGUCUCCAACAUGGCCGUCUGGCUCGACCGCAACAUCUACCCCGAGAACCUCAAUCGCACGGAAAAGCCUGAUGGCUCCGAGGAGCCCGCGCUCGACCAGCCCGGCCUGAAAGAGAUGACGCUCAAGGCGCUGGACGUCCUGCACGCCCGCCACCCCGAGGACGGCUUCGUGCUCAUGUCCGAGGCCGCCUCGAUCGACAAGCAGAUGCACACGCUCGACUACGACCGCUCGCUCGGCGAGCUCCUGGAGCUCGAUGACACCGUGAAAGCGACGCUCAAGUGGCUGGAAGACAACGGCGAGCUGGAGAACACGCUCGUGCUCGUGACGGCCGACCACGGCCACGGCUUCGACGUCGCCGGCAACGUCGACACGCAGUGGAUGAACCAGGCCGAGGACGACCGCGAGAAGCGCUCGGCCGUCGGCAUCUACGAGCAGUCCGGCCUCUCGGGCUACCAGAUCGCCAAUAGCUCCGCGCCGCAGGGCUCCGACCAGAACCUCGUCUACACGCCUGGCACCAACUUUCCCGUCAACUGGGAUCCCAGAUAUACGCUCUUCGACGGCUUGAUGGCGAACCCGGAUCGUCGCGAGAACUACCAGGUGCACAAGUCUGGUCCCAGGAGGCCGGCGAUUAAUGUUACGGGCUUUGAUGAGGAGGACUUCUAUGUCAACUACGUCGAUGCCGUUACCGGUUUCAUCGUCAACGGCACCCUCCCCGUCGAUGCCGACCAGGGCGUGCACUCGCUGACCGACGUGCCUGUGUUUGCGCAGGGCCCUUGCCAAGAGCUCUUUGGUGGUGUCUACAACAACAUCGACAUCUUCUUCGGUAUGGCGGAGUGUCUGGGCUUGGGGCAGACGGAGAAGAGCAAGUAA